AAAAAAAAAACUUUUUUUUUGUAUCGAAGGAAUCAACAGCCGCCAUCUUGUCGCGGCUUGGAAAUCAGGAUUUCGCUACGGCGCUGGUUUUUAACCGCGGAACGGCGCGUCCGAGGCGACGCUCGACGACCGCUUUCGAGCCGAGACGCCGCCGGUGAACCGCGACGACGCCGAUUUUUGGGCGAAAUUGUCAUUAAUCCCCCGGAAUUCAGCGGCAUUUCGUCGGCCACGAACGAACAACCCCCCCCCCUUCCACCGCCACCUCCUCCUCCUCCUGUUCGCGUUAUUACCCUCUGAUUUCCCCCUUUCGCUAAAACCGAGAGAGAGAGGGAGAGAGAGAGAGAGCGAAAGAGAGAGGGGGAGAGCCGAGAGAGAGAGACGUCGGGACGGCGCACAGCAUCGACGGGACGCGUGCAAGAGAAACGAUCGGUGCUUUGACGCGUUUUUUUUUUAAGCCGCGUUUCGGAUGUGUUUCUUGCACGAUUUUUUUUGACGUCAGAAGAGCGAGAGAGAAGGUUUUGAUGAGGAUGCACAUUUAAGGAACAUCGCCGAGGCGAGCACGCGCAGCGCCCGGGAUCCUUCUGGAAAUUUCUCCCUCAUAUCGAAUUUUUUUUUUUUUUUUUUAUAAAUUCUAUUUGUAUUUUUUUUAAAACCCCUCUCUCGGGGCUAAUUGAACGACGAUAAUGUGGGUGUUGGGUGUUGGAUUAUCAUGGGGUAAAUGGCGGUGGCGCUGUUGGUACUUUUUUCAGAAUUCCUCCUCCUCGCUGUUAGCUUAGCUUAGCUAAUUAGCAACUCGAACGUAUAAACAAAGUGAAAAUUCCGGAACGCGCGUGUUUUUUUGCUCGAAAUUCCCACCUCGUAAGGAUUCCCUUCGUCAUUCUUUUCUACAAAAAGAAAAAAAAUCAUAAACCAUGGCUGAUAAUCUGCUUGAUCCCGGACCUCCGAAUGCGAAGAGGCCGAAGAUGACAGCACCUGCCUCAGACGGGCCAGAGUUGAGCUCGUUGUCGUGGGACGACCUGGAGAGCAACCUGCCGGACGAGUUGAUUCCGAGCGGUCCGAACGGCGACCUCGGACUGAUGGGCAUGCCUUCGAACGGUGGAGCGGGCACGACAGCAGGGAUGCCGGGCGCCGCCGCUAAUCACAAGCAGCUCUCGGAGCUCCUGCGCGGGGGCACCGGCCCCGGUCUGAAUUCGGCAGCUAUGAACUCGUCCAGCCCGGGCCCCGGGGGAGGUAUGGGGCCUCAACUGGGCGCCCUUGGUAAGAGCCCGCUGGGCCAGGGCUCUCCCUCGCACGCGUCCCCGACGCCGAAGCCGGCGGGAGCCGCUCAGGGCGCGCCGGGGAAUGGUGGCAUGGGAAUGAACGCCGGCUUCAGCCAGGCCAUGCUGAACAACGGCAUGAUGGCACAGAGCGCGGCUGCGCAGCAGGGCCAGGUGAUGAACGGGACGCUGGGCCCGGGCGGGCGUGGCAGGGGCGCGCCGGGGAUGCAGUACCAAGGAGCGGCAUCCGUAGGGCAGCAGGUGGCGGCGGCGGCAGCCGGGGGAGCGCCAGGAGGAGCGGGCAGCGUGCUGGCAGAGACACUGACGCAGGGGGCGCAGCAGAUGGGCAUGAACGCUCAGCAAGCAGGCAACAUGAACAAGAUGGGUAUGCCAGGAGGUGGCAGUCCAUUCGGUCAAUAUCAAACGGGCGGGCAGCAGUUAGCGGCGCCGGGUGUGAACGCGCAGCUACAGAGUAAAGCAGCCCUGACGAACAGCCUGCCGAACGUUCCCACCAUGCCCCAGGCGCAGCAGCAGGUGGCGGUGGGAAUGGUCGGGUGUCAGGGUGUUCCUGCCGGUCCGACGGCCGACCCGGAGAAGCGCAAGCUGAUCCAGCAGCAGCUGGUCCUGCUGCUCCACGCGCACAAGUGCCAGCGGCGUGAGCAGGCCAACGGCGAGGUGCGGGCGUGUGCCCUCCCCCACUGCAGGACCAUGAAAAACGUCCUCAACCACAUGACCCACUGCCAGGCCGGCAAGUCCUGUCAGGUGGCUCAUUGCGCGUCCUCGAGACAGAUUAUUUCUCACUGGAAGAACUGCACGCGGCACGACUGUCCCGUCUGCCUCCCGCUGAAGAACGCCAGCGACAAGCGCAACCAGCAGCCCAUGCUGACGUCUCAGAACGCCGGCCUGCAAAACACAAUCGGUCAGGUGGGUUCGGGUCAGAACACGGCCCCUGCCCUGAACACCUCGGCUCCUAUAGACCCGAGCUCCAUGCAGCGAGCCUACGCCGCCCUCGGUCUCCCUUACGGCAACCAGAACCCUACGCAGACCCAGACGUCUCCCGCUCAGUCUGCGCAAACUCAACACCAGCAGCAGAUGAGGCCGUUGAACCCGCUCGCCUCUAACCCGAUAAUGAGUGGCGGGGCUAUGGGUGUGCCCACGUCGGAUCAACCCAAACUGCAUCCUGACCCCAACAUGCCGUCCACUCUGAACGCCAACACUCAGCUGAUGCCAGACGGCUCGGCGGUGGGAGCUCUGGGAAACGUGCCCACGGCGGCGCCGCUGUCUGCCAGCGGAGUAAGAAAAGCCUGGCAUGAACACGUCACUCAGGACCUCCGCAACCACCUCGUCCACAAACUAGUGCAGGCCAUCUUCCCAACACCGGACCCUGCAGCCCUGAAAGAUCGACGCAUGGAGAACCUGGUGGCGUACGCCCGGAAGGUGGAGGGAGACAUGUACGAGUCGGCCAACAGCAGAGACGAGUACUAUCACUUCCUAGCCGAGAAGAUUUACAAGAUCCAGAAGGAGCUGGAGGAGAAGAGGCGCUCCCGGCUCCAGAAGCAGAUCAUCAACCAGGCGCCCAUGACCACGCCCGGGGCGCAACAACAACAGCAGCAGCAGCAACAACAACAACAACAACAGCAGCAGCAGCAGCAGCAACAACAACAACCCGCUCUGAACCAACCCAACUCUCUGGGACCCCGGCCUCAAAAUGGACCUGUGCCUAUGCCCAAUGUGCCAAGUCAGAUGAUCAACCGCAUGCAGGUCACUCAAGGGAUAAACCAGUUCAAUGCAAUGUCCAUACAGAAUGUGCAGAUGUCUCAAGCUCCAAUGGCUGCCCGAGCAGCCUCCCCGAUGAGUCACGCACAACAGAUAAACAUGAGCUCUGUUCCUCAGCUCGGAAUGUCACCCACGCGAAUGGCGCCGGCGCAAGGGAUGAUGGGACCCCAUGGCACGAACAUGGUGCCUCAAGCCGCGAAUCAGACACCGUUUAUGCAGCAGUUUUCUACUAAUGCUAACGCUAUGAACGUCAACAUGGGGGGCCAGCCCAACACGCAGGCAGCUGUUCCUCAGCAGCCACAGAACCUCCCUAUGAAUGCACACGGCCCUCUGGCUUCUCAGAUGAACUGCCCCGCGCCUCCCCAAGCUCCUCUUAGGGCCACCCCGCCCCCUAGUGCCGGAGCGACCGUCACCGGUACCAACCUGACACCUCUGCAGGCAAAUCAGGCCGGCACUCCCACGCCUGGCCCGGCGCAGUGCACGCCACCGCACACGCAGCCUCAGACAGAGCUGCCUGCCUUGUCACAGCCCCAUCCUGGCACACCGAGUGCCGAUAACAGAGUCCCCACCCCGGCUUCGACAGCAAGCGCCGACCUGCACAGCCAGCAUGCCGUACCUGAGCUGCCCACGGUGACCGAGCCCAAAGUAGAGCCCAAGCAAGAGGAGCAGGACUUCGAGUCCAGUACUGUGGAAACUGAAACCAAGAUGGAGGUGGAGGAUGAAUCCGGCCCUCUGGUCAAGAAGGAAGAGCCCGAAAGCUCGGAGACCAAGCAGGAGCCCAUGGAUACGGAGGAUAAGAAGCCUGACGUCAAGGUGGAGCCAAAAGAGGAGGAGGAAAGCAGCACGGCCGGCACUACAUCGUCCUCACCGUCGCAGUCUCGGCGCAAAAUCUUUAAGCCGGAGGAGCUGCGCCAGGCUUUAAUGCCUACGCUGGAGUCUUUAUACAGACAGGAUCCCGAGUCUUUGCCCUUCCGCCAGCCUGUGGAUCCCAUCCUGCUGGGCAUCCCGGACUACUUUGACAUCGUGAAGAUCCCCAUCGACCUGUCCACCAUAAAGCGCAAGCUGGACACGGGUCAGUACCAGGAGCCGUGGCAGUACGUGGACGACGUCUGGCUCAUGUUCAACAACGCCUGGCUGUACAACAGGAAGACGUCGCGCGUCUACAAGUACUGCUCCAAGCUGGCCGAGGUGUUUGAGCAGGAGAUCGACCCCGUCAUGCAGGGCCUCGGGUACUGCUGCGGCCGGAAGUAUGAGUUCUCCCCUCAAACACUCUGCUGCUACGGCAAGCAGCUCUGCACCAUUCCCCGCGACGGCACCUACUACAGCUACCAGAACAGGUACCACUUUUGCGAGAAGUGCUUCAAUGAGAUUCAGGGAGACAGCGUGACGCUGGGCGACGAUCCCGCGCAGCCGCAAACAAUGAUUUCCAAGGAUCAGUUUGAGAGAAAGAAGAAUGAUACACUAGACCCUGAGCCGUUUGUUGAAUGUAAAGACUGCGGACGCAAGAUGCAUCAGAUUUGUGUCCUGCACUAUGAAGUCAUCUGGCCCUCUGGCUUUAUUUGUGAUAACUGUUUGAAGAAGAGUGCGAAGACGAGGAAGGAAAAUAAGUUCUCAGCCAAAAGAUUGCAGGUGACGCGGUUGGGCACAUACAUAGAGGACCGAGUGAAUAAGUACUUGAAGAGACAGAACCACCCGGAAGCCGGCGAGGUGUUCGUCCGAGUGGUGGCCAGUUCAGACAAAACGGUGGAAGUCAAACCCGGCAUGAAGGCCAGGUUUGUCGACAACAACGAGAUGGCCGAGAGCUUCCCUUACAGAACCAAAGCACUUUUCGCCUUCGAGGAGAUCGACGGUGUCGACGUAUGUUUUUUCGGCAUGCACGUACAGGAGUACGGCUCGGACUGCCCUUUUCCCAACACCAGACGGGUAUACAUAUCAUACCUCGACAGUAUUCACUUCUUCAGACCUCGCGCGCUUCGGACAGCAGUUUAUCACGAGAUCCUCAUCGGUUAUCUGGAAUACGUCAAGAAGUUGGGGUACGUGACAGGACAUAUAUGGGCGUGCCCUCCGAGCGAAGGUGACGACUACAUUUUCCACUGUCACCCUGCCGAUCAGAAGAUCCCCAAACCCAAGCGCCUGCAGGAAUGGUACCGUAAGAUGUUGGACAAGGCCUUUGCAGAGAGAAUACUCCAUGACUACAAGGAUAUCUUUAAACAAGCGACAGAAGACCGUUUGACGAGUGCAAACGAGCUGCCUUACUUCGAGGGCGACUUCUGGCCCAAUGUGUUAGAGGAGAGCAUUAAGGAGCUGGAGCAGGAGGAAGAGGAGAGGAAAAAAGAGGAGAACACUGCAGCCUGUGAAACUCCAGAGGUCAGACUUCUCACUGAGGGGACGCCAGGGGACAGCAAAAACGCCAAGAAGAAAAACAACAAGAAAACCAAUAAGAAUAAGAGCAGCGUGAGCCGAGCCAAUAAGAAGAAGCCUGGGAUGCCGAAUGUAGCCAAUGACCUUUCCCAGAAACUCUAUGCCACCAUGGAGAAACACAAAGAGGUUUUCUUUGUGAUCCACCUGCACUCUGGACCGAUGAUGAACACUCUGCCACCCAUCAUGGACCCCGACCCGCUGCUCUCCUGCGACCUGAUGGACGGCCGGGACGCCUUCCUGACACUGGCUCGGGAUAAACACUGGGAGUUCAGCUCUCUGCGCCGCUGCAAGUGGAGCACCAUGUGCAUGCUGGUGGAGCUGCACAACCAGGGCCAGGACCGGUUCGUCUACACCUGCAACGAGUGCAAGCACCACGUGGAGACUCGCUGGCACUGCACCGUCUGCGAGGACUUUGACUUGUGCAUCAACUGCUACAACACUAAGGGCCACGAACACCAGAUGGUCAAGUGGGGUCUCGGUCUGGACGAUGACAGCAACAGCCAGAGCGGCGAGGCCUCCAAGAGCCCGCAGGAGAGCCGGCGUCUGAGCAUUCAGCGCUGCAUCCAGUCUCUGGUGCACGCCUGCCAGUGUCGCAACGCCAACUGCUCGCUCCCGUCCUGCCAGAAGAUGAAGCGUGUGGUGCAGCACACCAAGGGCUGUAAGCGCAAGACCAACGGCGGCUGCCCCGUCUGCAAGCAGCUCAUCGCGCUUUGCUGCUACCACGCCAAGCACUGCCAGGAGAACAAGUGCCCCGUGCCCUUCUGCCUCAACAUCAAGCAAAAGCUGCGGCAGCAGCAGCUGCAGCACCGCCUCCAGCAGGCGCAGAUGAUGCGGCGGCGCAUGGCCACCAUGCAGGGCCGCGCCGGGCCCCAAAGCCUGCCGUCCCCUCCGCCGACCGCGGCUCCGGGCACGCCCACAGCACAACAGCAGCAGCCGAACACACCCCAAACGCCGCAGCCCCUCCUUCCUAGCCAGCCGACCACGCCCAACGCUGGCGUCAUGUCUCCUACGUACCCUACCGCUCCCCGCAACGGCCAGCAAGUGUCCCAAGGUAAGUCAGGCACCCAGGCUUCACCGCUGCACCAACAGCCGUCCCCGCUCCCACAACCUCAGUCGCAGCAGCAGCAGCAACCGCCACAGCAACCCCAGCCGCCUCCCGCCGCAGUCCAAAUGGCGCGGAAGAUCGAGAUGAUGGCGCAGGCGCAGCAGAGCCAGGGCUAUCGUAUGACUUUAAACGGUUUGCCCAUGAACCACCAGCAACCACAGCAGCGUAUGCCUGGUGCCAUGCAACCCCCCACGCAGAUGGUGGGACCUCGGGGGCAGCAGGUCAUGCCGGGCAUGUCGCAGGGCCCUUGGGUGCAAUCGGGAAUGCAGCCGGGAAUGCAGCCGGGAAUGCAGCAGGCAGCUCCGCCGCAGCAGCAGCAGGCACCGCAGGGUCCACAGCAAACCGUGCCCAUGCAGAGGCCCAUGAUGUCUCAGCAGCAACCACAGCGAAUGAUGGUGCCCGCGCAGGGCCAGCGGCCACCUCAAAGACCUCCAGCCAUCCCACCGAAUGCUUUGCAAGACCUUCUGCGCACGCUUAAGUCUCCCAGUUCGCCGCAGCAACAGCAGCAGGUGCUUAACAUCCUUAAGUCCAACCCGCAGCUCAUGGCAGCUUUCAUUAAGCAAAGGACAGCGAAGUACGCCAGCCAGCCGCAACAGCAGCAGCAGCCGCCACAGGGCAUGCAGCCCACAAUGCAAGCCAUGGCAGCCAUGCCGGGUGUCCAAAGACCUGGCAUGCCAACGCAACAACCUCAGCAGCCCAACCCACAAGGUAUGCCAGCUCUCGGACCAGGGCAGAGUCCGAUCCAUGCCGAGUUGUACCGUCGACAGCUCUUGCGUCAACAACAACAGCAGCAACAACAACAACAGCAGCAGCAGCAACAGCAGCAAGGCGUUAUGACUCAUGGCCAGUUCCCUCAAGCACAGGCUCCUGCACCCAGCUACUCGCAACUUCGCAUGCAACACCAGCAACUAACGGGAAUGCAAGGCGCCGGCGGACCUAUGGGCCAACUUCCGCAGAUGCAGCAAAUGGGUCAGUCGGGAUUGGGUAUGGAUGGCGCGCAGAACUUGAUCCACCAACGCAUGCUCCAACAACAGCAGCAACAGCAGCAGGCCGUCCUCAAGCCCCAAAUGAGCUCGCCGGCAAACCCCAUGAGCCCUCAAGGCCACCUGCUACCAGGACAGUCCAUGCCAGGCAACACGCUGGGUAGCCAGGUUCGUUCCCCGGCACCCGUGCAGCCCCCACGACCACCGUCGCAGCAGGCACAGCAGCACUCCAGCCCUUCGCCACAGGUCCAACCGCAACCCUCGCCCCACUCUGCUUCUCCUCACCCCGGCCUGGGCACACCCAUGGCCACUGGCGCCAGCUUGGAACAACAAGGGCAUCUUGGCACACCAGAGCAGAGCACCAUGCUCUCGCAGCUUAACGCGCCCGGGCGUAGCGGCCUACCCAAUGACCUAGCCAUGAGCGGAGACCCCACAGGAGACACGUUGGAGAAAUUUGUGGAGCGGUUGUAGCAUUUUCACCGACCCACAAUUGUGCGGCCACCAUUUUUCCUAUUUUUGGCUCCUCCCCCUCGCCCCUUCCUUCCUUUUCUCCCACAUUUUCCUCUAUAAAUAUAUUUUUUUUUGUACUGACAUGUAAAAAGUUGCUGAAAUGUAAUAAGAAGAGCGAGAGAAAAAAAAGAAAUAAAGUCAACAAAUGUUAGGAAUGUUGUUGUUUCCUAAAGACUCUGAUCUCUUCCUUUAAGUUGAGGGAUUAGAAAAUGUGUUGUUAAAAAUGAUUUAAAUUGCAAAGAAUAUAUUUUUUGGUUUAGGACCGUACAUGGUCUCUCUGUUUUGUUUUUUUUUUGUUUUGUUUUAUUUUAUUUUAAUUUUUUUGUUAUUGUUAUUGUUGUUGGUGUUUUUUUUUGUUUUCAGGGUUUUUUGGGUAUGAUUUCAUGCCUGCUCUUUUUUUAAGCAAAUUUACAAAGGUUCAUUAUAUUAUUCAUACAUUUUUAUUUUGUACCCUGUUUAACUUUAAAAGCAUUUAUGUUUAAAGACUGUAAAAUAAUUUGUUUGGGAAUUUGGGCGAUGUUUUUCUCGGCUCUCAUCUUUCCUGACGAUUGUAUUCUAGUGUUGUUCUUUUUUGUUUUACUUUUCCCUAUUCUUUCCAGAUCUACGUUUCGGAGGAAAACCUCCUUUCCUCAUUGUGAAGUCUUUUUUGAGGAGAACUAUUUGUUUGUGCUGAUAGGCAUAACUUUGCAUACAUAUACACACACAUACACGUACACAACCACAAGCUCAUCAGAAACACAAUACGGCAACAAAAUCUGAACGGAUGUGCAAAUCCAGAUGACAUCUCAUUCGCCUGGACCCAGAUUUUUCUGUCUUGCAGUUGUAGAAAAUUGUUGCUUUUCGUCCUAAUUUUGUGAUACAGAUCUAUAAGUAUAAAGCGAGAGGAGAUGGAGGCCCCUAAGCUGAGUGGGUUUGGAAUGAGCGAUCACUGGUUGACUGCUUUUUGGAACACAGAGUUCUGCUAUCGACCCUCAUUCCUCUCGCACACACAACUUGAACUGGGGCUCCACUUUUCCUCCUCCUAAUGUAAAUCAUGCAAGUUAUUAAGCAAAAUACUAUAAAUAUAAGGAAGAGAGAAUGGAAUCACUGUAUAAACUGGUUAAAAAAAAACUUAUUUCUUACUUAUAUACCAUAUUGUUAAAUAAACUGUGUGCAACAGAUCAAAUCCUUGUUUUAUGUAUUUUUUCCUCCUCCAUCUCAUUUGAAUCUUUUGAAACCAGGUUUUUUUUUUCCUUUCUUACUUUAACGUAAUCAGAGCAAAAAAGUACGGCUUGUCAUGAUACCAGUAAGCAGUAAUGUAUAAAUUCUUGUUACAAAGCGCUGACACUGGAAACUCCUUCCCUAAAAAAAAAAAAAAAAGGAAAUUUUCCCUGACAAAGUGAACUAAUUAGAUUUUAUUCCCCUCUUUGUUUAAUAGAAGCACAUUUUUGGUGCAAAAAUCUGUAGUAAAUAAGUUCCCCGUGUGCGUUUAAAUUUGCUGCAUUUGACAGAAACCUUUAUCCAGAGAGACGUAAAAAAAAAUUUUAUUGUUAUACAUUCGAGCAGUUAAGUUUGGUUGAAAGAACUUGGGACACUUCGAACAAUAGUCCAAUGCCUAAACUAAUUUGUUACCCCUGCCCCUGUGUAAUUUGCCAUAUAACGGAGGCGUGGUGUUCAGCACUGUAGCCUCACACCUUCAAGGGUCUCUACUGAAUUUGCAUGUUCUGCCCAUGAUUGGUGUGUUUCCUUUGGGUGCUCUGUUUUCCUUACACAGUCCAAAGACAUGCAGAUUAUUCUAACUGGCAUUCCCAAAUUGCCCGUAGUGUGUGAAUAAGCGUGUGUCGAUAGCAGAACUCUGUGUUCUGCGAUAGAUUGGGACUCUGUCCAGUGUGUAUUCAGCCUUGUGCCCAAUGUCUCCUGAGAUAGGCUUCAGACCCUGCUAUGACCCUGUAUACAUGAUAGUGUUAUAGAUAAUGGCAAUAAUGAGAUGAUUUGCUUGGUAGCCAGAACUCCAGUCAGACCUUCUACGCCAGGUUCUCCAGAUUAAUCAGAAGUAAAUAUUAAGGCAUCUCAAUUUCCAAAGUUUUUAUGAUUAGAACUUUUUUCCCUGUCGCGGUCUUGCUCGAUAGCUCAUCGAUGCCAAGGUCUAUAUCAAAGGUGUAUAGAGCAGGUACAGAUGUUUCUACAGGACGAAACC